GGCAGGGACGCCGCCGCCGCCGCGCUGCACGGACCCGCGGCGCCGCCAGAGGCGCAUCCCGGGCUCCGUCGCGGUCUCCAUCCUCGGUCUCCGUCCCGGGCUUCGUCCCGGGCUUCAUCCUCGGGCUCCGUCUCGGACUCCAUCGCGGUCUCCAUCCUCGGUCGCCGUCCACGUCUCCGUCCCGAUCUCCGUCCCGGUCUUCGUCCUCGGUCUCCAUUCCUGUCUCCAUCCUCGGUCUCCCUCCCGGACUCCAUCCCGCUCUCCAUCCCGGCCCCGGCUCCCCCCGCCCCGGGACGGGACGGCCGCGGUCCCCGCACCGCAGCAUGAUGAGCGGCUACCCGGGCGGCUCGGAGGACACGGCGGCACUGCUGGCUCAUGAGAGCGGCGGCAGCAAGGAGCCGGAGCGGGGCAAGGAGGAGCUGAGCGCCGACAAGGGCCCCGAGAAGCCGGACCCCUCGCAGAAGCCCCCCUACUCCUACGUGGCCCUGAUCGCCAUGGCCAUCCGCGAGAGCGCCGAGAAGCGCCUCACGCUCUCCGGGAUCUACCAGUACAUCAUCAGCAAGUUCCCUUUCUACGAGAAGAACAAGAAGGGCUGGCAGAACAGCAUCCGCCACAACCUCAGCCUCAACGAGUGCUUCAUCAAGGUGCCCCGCGAGGGCGGCGGCGAGCGCAAGGGCAACUACUGGACCCUGGACCCCGCCUGCGAGGACAUGUUCGAGAAGGGCAACUACCGCCGGAGGCGAAGGAUGAAGCGGCCCUUCCGACCGCCCCCGACCCACUUCCAGCCCGGCAAGAGCCUCUUCGGCCCCGACGGCUACGGCUACCUCUCCCCGCCCAAGUACCUGCAGUCCACCUUCAUGAACAACUCGUGGCCGCUGCCGCAGCCCCCCGCGCCCGUGCCCUACGCCUCCUGCCAGAUGUCUGGCGGCAACGUCAGCCCCGUCAAUGUGAAAGGACUCUCGGGCCCGGCCUCCUACGGCCCCUACUCGCGGGUGCAGAGCAUGGCGCUGCCCGGCAUGGUGAACUCCUACAACGGCAUGGGCCACCACCACCACCCGCACGCCCACCACCCGCAGCAGCUCAGCCCCGCCAGCCCCGCUCCUCCCGCCGCCCCGGCGGCCAACGGGGCCGGGCUCCAGUUCGCCUGCGCCCGCCAGCCCGCCGAGCUGUCCAUGAUGCACUGUUCCUACUGGGAGCACGACAGCAAACACGGCGCCCUGCACUCCCGCAUCGACAUCUAGGCGGGCUCCGGCCCCGCCGCCUCCUCCCUCCUCCUCUCUAGCCAAGGACUAUCCUCUCUCUCUGCGCCCAGACUCUUGCGGGAGCCCCGCUCGGCGUUAGGUGAACGUAGGAGCCGGUGCGGGGCGGCGGUGGGAGUGCGGGACCUGGAGCUCUGCCGCUCGCGAGUUGCUGUGAGCGGCCGGGGGAUGGGGGGGAAACAGGGCAUUAAUUACCUGCUGAGCCCGCAGAACGCGGCUCCUUUCUAACUCGGCCCUUAUCUUCUCGGGCUCGGCGAGAGCAAAGCGGAGCCGGUCCCUCACCGCGGCGUUUCGCGUGCCCCGUCCUCCUCUUCUCCUCUUUCCUCGGUCUGCAAAGAGCUGCGCUUCUUCCGAGCUGGGGCUUUUCCUCAAAAUAGUACUUAGGUGGGGGCUGCUGUGACAGCAGGAGAUGUGCGAGGUUGCUGGUUAUUAGAAACCAACGAACAAAGCCUGCUGAGGUCACUCGUGAAACGUUUCGGCAGCAGUAAAUGUAUUUUUUAACGGAGACAAUGUCCUCUGAGGUCUUAAAAGUAAUUUUAAACAGGUCUAAAAAAAUAUUUUGAUGUUAUAAAAAAAAAGAAAAGGCGGAUUCCUAUAAAUUAGAAUAUUUUCCGUGUGCAUAUUAUUAAUAAUAACGAAAGUUUUAAGUAUCUUCGUGUUUUUUGAUUCCGAACCUGGUCCAAAAUGGAUUUUCUGAUAGAUUCUGCUUUUGAAUGCUUGCCCUUUUUCUUAAAACGUUUGGAUCCUUCGAUUUUACAUAGAUUAAUGUGAAAAAAAAAAAAAAAAGAAAAAAAAAGAGAAAGAGAGAGAAUAGCGUUUGUAAUCCAGGGGCCAGUUCCUAGCGAUUUUG